CAGCAACGGCUGCCCGCCAGAGAGGAGCGGGUAGCGACAGGACGCGGCCGCGGCGGCUGAGGGAGCGCGAGGCCCGGGUGCCAGCGGCCGAGGGGAGGGUGCCGGCUCCCGGAGGUCGCGGAGGCCGCGGUGAGGGGCUGGGCCCCCCGGAGCCGAGCGGAGCCGGUGGUCAGCUUCGCCUGCGCCUCCGCUCUGUGGAAGAGCAGCGGCCGUCGGAGGGUGCGGGAUCUGAGAGAUGGCUACUCCCCAGUCAGUCUUCACUUUUGCAAUCUGUAUUUUGAUGAUAACAGAACUAAUUCUGGCCUCGAAAAGCUACUAUGAUAUCUUAGGUGUGCCAAAGACAGCAUCAGAGCGCCAAAUCAAGAAGGCCUUUCACAAAUUGGCCAUGAAGUACCACCCUGACAAAAAUAAGAGUCCUGAUGCUGAAGCAAAGUUCAGAGAGAUUGCAGAAGCUUAUGAAACACUCUCAGAUGCUAAUAGGCGAAAAGAGUAUGAUACAGUUGGACACACUGCUUUCACUAAUGGUAAAGGACAGAGAGGUAGUGGAAGUCCUUUUGAGCAAUCAUUUAACUUCAAUUUUGAUGACUUAUUUAAAGACUUCAGUUUUUUUGGUCAAAACCAAAACACUCAGUCCAAGAAGCAUUUUGAAAAUCACUUCCAGACACACCAGGAUGGUUCCAGUAGACAAAGGCAUCAUUUCCAGGAGUUUUCUUUCGGAGGUGGACUGUUUGAUGACAUGUUUGAAGAUAUGGAGAAAAUGUUUUCUUUUAGUGGCUUUGACACCACAAAUCAGCACACAGUACAGACUGAAAAUAGAUUCCAUGGAUCUAGCAAGCACUGCAGGACUGUCACUCAACGAAGAGGAAAUAUGGUUACCACAUACACUGACUGUUCAGGACAGUAGUUUGUUCUUUUUCUGUUUUCAUUAAAUUCAACUAGUUGACUCCUCCUCAGUGUCUUUGAGGCAAAGCAGUUUUCUGUGAACUAUUUUUGACAAGUGCAUGAUUUCACUUAAUUUAAGCAAUUUGGUAUGGUGGUUAAAUGUAUUUAAAUUGUUUUUGACAAAUUCAGCAUUCAGCAGUAGAUAAAAUCUAAUUAUUAAUUUCACUAAUUAGGAAAGUUUCUUUCUAAAAAGAGUUCUGCCUGGUCCUUUUUUUCUACAUACUCUUGGGCUCACUAAUGUGGCCAAUUUUAUUACCAAAAAAAGGAAUUGAGUUUGCCUAAUAACAUUAGACUAAACUUUGAGAGUUACUGUACAUUUAAAUUGUGUGAACUUGAAUGAUUUUUGCAGUGAAACCUUUGCUAAUUUUAAAUUGCAUGCUCUGUAGCAUCUGUGACGUGAGUUGCUAAACAUACAUGGGACUGUAUAAUUGUGUUAGCAAAGGAAAGCAGUAUCUUGGUUAAUUGCCAAUGAAAGCUUUAGAAAGGGAAGGUUUGUUGUUUACCACAGAACCAUGCCUUUCUAUAGUAAAACUGAAGUAAAGUAAGUGAUUGUAUAGCUCGUUGUCAUUUAGGCUGAGAAAAGUUGCAAACUUAUGAAAUAUUGCCAAGAGACAGUCAUGUGUUUGGUCCCUGGCUAAUGAUUUUAUAAUGUUGAAAUCAUGGCAACUUAGACACCUUUUCACAUUUCUUUCUUAGUUGUUGGCAUUCUAGGUCUUAAUUUGAAUUUAUGUGUUUUGUGUGUGUGUGUAGUUCCUCUACUUUGCACUUGUCUUUAUCUAGAGAUUGACUAAUACCUCAUUCUGUUUGUAAAACCAGCCAGUAAUUUCUGUGCAACCUUAUUAUGUGCAAUAUUUUUAAAUCCUAAAAAAAUGUGUGCUUUUGUUUUCAGAUAGACUUAUUUCUUUAGUUCUGCACUUUCCACAUUAUACUCCAUUUGAGUAUUAAUCCUAUGGAUACAUAUUAAAACUAGUAAAUGUCGCAUACAGCAUUGUGUGUGAGAGAAAUAUAAACAUUUACAACCUGA